AUGCCUUCCUACAACCCAGCCUGCUAUCUCCCUCAGUCAUGGUCGUCCUUUCUCCCGACUGCUCUCUCCUGCCCACCACCACCGUCUUAUGCCGCGACAAUUUAUAACUACGCGACCUCGUCCAUACUCUCGACUUGGACGGCAUUGCGCACCAUGAUGGACGCCCUCCUUGGCUUCCCCUUUCUUUCCAUCCUCCUCAUCCCGACAAUGACAUCUUACUCGACCUCUCUCAACCUCCUCUUCUUCUACUUGACGUGGUCGACCCUCGUCCUAUCUCAUCCACCUCUGCGCGUCGAAAUUGUGGCGACCCUGGCGGUUAAGCUCCUAUUCUACAUCUUUCCCUCGUCACUCUUUCUUCUCUUCGAUGCGCUACUACCCUCCGCAGCCGAGAGCUUCAAAGCUCUAGGGGAAUCCGGCUUACCAUUCAAAAAUGCCAGCCGCCAACGAACCCUUCGCAUGCUACGCAUGCUCGGUUGGUCAAUGUUCAACGUCCUGUUGGGCGUGGUCAUUCAAUCGCUGGUCGAAAUCCUAUUCACACGAGUCCUCCUGAUCCGCUCCGCCCUCCGCGUCACGACCACCCUCCCAUUACCGCUGGGAAUCCUCAACGACCUGACGUGGGGUUAUCUCUUCCGCGAAAUAAUCGCAUACACACUCCACCGCCACGUGCUCCACGAAACCAACACUUCCCUGUCCAGGGCGCAUCAGGAUUGGUAUCACUCGCUGGCCACCCCCUUCCCCCUAGCGGCUAGCUAUGACCACCCGCUCGCCUACCUCACGCGGUCCUUUCUCCCGACAUACCUCCCUGCGCUCCUCUUCCGAUUCCAUCUCCUGACCUACAUUCUCUAUCUGACCCUGGUGUCUCUCGAAGAAACCUUUGCUUACAGCGGCUAUUCCACCGCCCCGACAAACUUCAUCCUUGGCGGGGUCGCGCGCCGAACGGACACGCAUGUUCUCUGUGGUGGGGAGGGAAACUACGGUCCUUGGGGCCUAGUGGAUUGGGUUAUGGGCACUAGCGUGGGCGCUGAUGUGUUGGACGAUGUGGCGAUGGAGGCCGACAAGCAUGACGUAUCCGAGCGAGUGGAUAAGAUGAAAACAAAGGCUAAGAAGAAGGUCAAUGGCAAAGUUGCCGAGGCAAAGAAUGUCGGAACUAGGAGACGGACAAGGAAUUGGAGUGAGAGUUGA